GUUGCCGUACUGCGUCACAUGUUGACUGGUGUUGCUAGCUAAUGCCACCGAAAGCUUGACACGUUUUUAGAAAGUCAAAGGCAAAAACGAAAAGGUACUGAGAUAACUGUUCUGUCGUUGUUGGUACUGUGUACAUCUAUUUGAAAUGCCUUGAUAUCUUUGAGUAUUGUUGGAUAAAACACUCCUGUUGGGGGUUUUUGUAUUCUGAGGGGCUAAUGUAGCUCACUUGUUUGCUAGCCAGGAAGGGUUGACAUCUCCUCACUGUUGGCUUCACAUCAGCUAACACAGUCAACGGAGGAGCUGACUUAAAGAGAGCUCCAGAUGCGGCUAAAAGACCCCUUCUCUUUGAAAGCCGCCGAUAUGACUAAGCGGACUAAUAAACCGAGGAAACCUCGAGAUGAGGAGUCAUCAGAUGAAGUCAGUGGACUGACUUGCCAGCAUGUGAGUAAAGCAGUGGACCUGAGCUCGGUAAAGAAGUCAGUCCUCUCAAGUGUGUGGUUUGUUUGCUCUGAGUGCCUAAAGGAGAGGACAAUGAUCGACGGAGAGCCAGCUGCAUCCCACGACAUCCUGGUGUGCCUAAAGUGUGGUGUUCAGGGCUGCAACCAGUCAGGGAUUCAGCAUGCUGUCAAGCACCACCAGGCUUUUCAUCCAGAGUCACACUGCAUCACCAUCAGCUUGAGCACGUGGAAGGCCUGGUGUUUUGAGUGUAAUGAGGAGCUGUCUACUCACUGCAACAAGAAGGCUUUGGCGCAGACCCUUGACUUUUUACAAAAGCAUUCUGUCAAGGCAACAUCAGCAGCAUCACCCAAGAUCAUCAAACUGCGAGAGGAACCAUCAGACUAUGCUGACCCACCCAGAGGCAAAAGUUCAGGGAUCAACAGCACUUUGGUUCCUGUUAAGGGAAUCAAUAACCUUGGUAACACCUGCUUCUUCAAUGCUGUUAUGCAGAACCUGUCCCAGACACACAUGCUGAUUGACCUCAUCCAGGAAGUGAAGGAGAAAGGGUACAAACUAAGGAUCUGCCCCCCUGUUGAGACCAAUCUGAGUCAAUUGAUAGUAGCGCUGCCCAGUCCAGAGCCCCUGACUGCGGCAAUGUUUCUGUUCCUCCAGAGCAUGAAAGAGUCAGGAAAAGGCCCCGUCAACCCCAAAAUCCUCUUCAACCAGCUUUGUCAGAAAGCUCCACGCUUUAAGGGCUACCAACAGCAAGACAGUCAGGAGCUUCUGCACUACUUACUGGACUCUAUACGAGUAGAGGAAACUAAAAGGGUGAAAGCAGGCAUUCUGAAGGCUUUCAACAAUCCCACAGAGAAGACGGCAGAUGAGGAGACCAAACGCCAAGUCAAAGCGUACGGAAAGGAAGGCGUGAAGAUGAACUUUGUUGACCGCAUCUUCGUAGGCGAGCUUACCAACACAAUAAUGUGUGAGGAGUGUGAGCAUAUCUCCACAGUAAAGGAGGCCUUCAUAGACAUCUCUUUACCCAUCAUAGAGGAGAGGAUAUCAAAACCUUCCAACCCCGGUCGGCUGGGUAAGAGCAGCCGCGAGCAGGACACUCAUGCAGCUCACAAUGACCAGGUUCUUUCUGCAGCACACUCCGUCAACAGAAAUACCAGGAAGCUGAGUGGACAGAAACAGCAGAGCAGGAGAUCUUCCAGUUCUGUGGAGGAGAAAGGAGCAGGCUGUGGUGCAGAACGACCGGAGGACGAAGGGGUCGCUGGUGGAUCAGCUCGUGGCGUCUCGGUCUGUAAAAUGGCGGCUGCUGGCAGCCUAUCAGAUGGCAGUGAAAGAGACUCGGGUGCUCAGGACAGCAGUAACGACGCUGACAGUGAGGCCUCUGAGAGCGAGUGGACCCCACGGGCCUCCUCCAGCCACAGCCACGGACACGUGUCCACCCCAUCACCCACUUCCACCCUCACUCCGUCCCCAACACCUGUCUCCGCCUCCUCCCCCUCAUCAUCAUCCUCUGCAAGGCAAGGUGGCGCUGUGGAGCAGCUGGUUACUGCAGUUUCAAAAGUCAACCUGGGCUUCAGCUCUGGGGACUGCUCCACUUCCACACACUGUUCUCCCGAGGAGCAGGGAGAAGCACAAACCCGAGAUAAUCUGCACCAUCAGCACCACCAGGGAGCGUUCCAGGUGCUGUCCCACAGUUAUACCCCCAGCUCCAAGGAGUGCUCCAUCCAGUCCUGCCUCCACCAGUUCACCUCUGUGGAACUGCUGAUGGGCAACAACAAGCUGCUUUGUGAGAGCUGCACUGAACGUAGGCAGAAGCAAGUACGCAAGAGCAGCGCAGCAGAUAAGAAACUGGAGAAGAUUUACACCAGUGCUAGGAAACAGAUGCUGAUAUCCUCGCUGCCUCCUGUCAUCACAUUGCAUCUUAAACGCUUCCACCAGGCCGGGAUGAACCUACGAAAGGUGAACCGCCAUGUUGACUUUCCUCUCGUACUGGAUCUGGCUCCAUUCUGUUCUGCUUCCUGCAAGAACUUGGCAGCUGGUGAGCGUGUCCUCUACAGCCUUUAUGGGAUUGUCGAGCACAGCGGCUCAAUGCGCGGGGGCCACUACACCGCAUAUGUAAAAGUGCGCGCUCCCCACAGGAAAACGGAACAGCACCACAAGAACCUGCCAGGUCAGGGGUGCAAGGGAUGCCAGCAGCAGCUCCCAGGGCCAGUGGGUGUACGUCAGUGAUACCACCGUUCAGACGGUACCGGAGUCAAGGGUACUCAACUCUCAGGCAUACCUGCUCUUCUACGAGGAAAUGCUGUAACGUCACCUGUGACAGUAUGCUUCCUGAGAUGUCUGUUUUGCUUUGUUUGUUCUUGUAAAGCCUCUCCAGCUCCUCUUACUGUAGCUGUGACAAUUCAGAGGCAAGAAAAGGGAAAGACUUCACUAAAAACUCAUUUGUCUUACUUAUAUUGGCACUUCUAAAUAUCGUAGACAUAUAAACCAUAAACAGAUUUUAAAGUUACUUUGUGGUUUGUAGCCCAGAUUUUCAUUAAUGGUUCCUAUUUUAAGAAUCCUGUUCUUUAAAACGAGGUCAGGAGAAAAGAGUGUUAUUGAACCUGAGCUCUUCAAAAUGUAUCGUCUGAUCUCGGUCGUUGUCACGUGCCGGGAUAGAAAAUGCAUGAUGGAAUUUGCUUCGAUAACUAACUGGAAACAAGCAGGACUAUUGCAUGUUAAACUGCACUCAGCGCUGACUAGUUGAUGUCAGUUGUGUAUGUGAGUGUGUGCGUACAGGUGUAUGAAAGAAUGAGUGAGUGAGAGACAGGUGAAUGUAGUUUAAAGGUGCUAUGUGUGCCAUUUUCACAUCAGUAAAUUAUUGUUACAUUAAACCACAGUUAGCAGUGUAGUUGCAUAAUUUCAUAUUUACACUCAUGAAGAACCCUGGUUCCUCACAAAAUGUUUUACACUGAGAGGCAAUGACUCGGAUUUAAUUGUUUCUGACAUGAGCAGAUAAUAGAUGGUAAAAAUGCAAAGAGGUAAAUGAAUUCAGAUUUAUUUGUUCUCUGCACUAAAGAAAUUGACACUCAGCAUGAUGAUAGUAAGCAAUAUCAUUUGGAGCUUAUAGUGAUUUUGUUUGUAUAUUUGCUAAACCCAAGCAUUGAUAAUAGCAGUUCGUUCUGUCUUGGCCCUACUUAUUUAGGAAAAUAGUGUAAUAAUACUUACCACAGCUGACAGUGGUUUACAUCUAUAUGCUGACUGAAACUGCUGCACAUAGCACCUCUAAGGAGUAGCACAACAGUUGUUUUACAGCCUACUGUGAAUGGAUUGUUUUCAUACCAUCAGAAUGUAUAAAUGUAAGACUAUCAAUGAAUUGCAUUUGCCAAAGACGAGUUUUGCAACUGCGAUUUCAAGCAGAGUUUACGUCAUUCAGAGUUUCUUUUACGUGUAUUCUCUCAAGGUCAUUGAUAUAGUUCUCAUGUUUCACUGCACAAACAGACAUACUCGAUGUUUAUCAAAUCAACAAAGCACCUUGUCUGCCUUCAUUGUAGUACGGCUCUACUGUAACUGUAGACGCACACACAAACCCAUUAAGCUGCUCGACAAAGAGUCAGCACCACAUCGGACUUACUUUUUAUCCCCUAAUGCCAUCCGUUAGGUUGAGCAAAAAAUAAAAAAGAUUUUCAGGAUCAACUUUAAAGCUGUAAGCCUGAUGGGAAAAACAUCUUUGCUGUAAUGUGCAUGGGUUAAUGUUCUAAUGAAUGUAUUGUCUAUUCCUGAAAUGUCAAACGGUCUGUCCGUGUUUUUCUAUGAAAAUGUUUUAGAUGAAACUAUUUUCAUUUUUUCCUGCUUGUUGGACUUUUGCCAAAAUGGAAGAAAGAGAAGAGUUCAACUUAUGCAUCAGAGCCGAGAGGUUUAUUCUUUUCUCUCAACACAAGGACAAAAUCAGUGCCUCUGCUACAGGAUUUACAAACUUGUGCAUGGUGAGAAGAAAACAUAUGCAGAGUCAAAUGUAAAGAGGGAUAUGUGCGGGUUUUAUUUAUGUACAGUACAACUUACUGUAAGCAAAAACAAUAUUGAGUGUAUGUAAUUGUACAUAGUAGACACUAUACAGACUCAUGGUGCUUCAGGCGUGCAGGGUUUUUCCUCAAGACAGAUUAUUAUUCCCAGAAAUUGACAUUUAACUUCAUUUAUGGACUAUUAAACAUUUGGAAUGAGUAUAAAAACGUACUGUAUCAAAAUAAAUCUAAUUUAUGAGCUGUGCAUUCAACAGGA